AUGACCGUCGCUGCUGCUUCGACCUCGCGCAAGCUGUCUGGCUAUGAUCUGUACCGUGCGCUCGGUUCACCGAAAACUGUCGUCGCGCCGAUGGUCGACCAGAGCGAACUCCCAUGGCGUACGCUUGCUCGUCGAUAUAAUGCAGAUCUAGCGUAUACGCCCAUGAUCAAUGCCAAGAUCUUCGUUCAACCCAAGUUCAAGCAGAGCGCGAAGGACGCCCAGUACGACCUCACCCAUGGCGAGGAGGGCAGCGCCGUAGACCGGCCACUUGUGGCCCAGUUCUGCGCGCACGACCCAGUGGCGCUGCUCGCUGGUGCAAAAGCCAUCGAGCACACCGUCGACGCCGUGGACAUCAACCUUGGAUGUCCCCAGGAGAUCGCUCGAAAAGGUCGUUAUGGCGCAUUCCUCAUGGAGGACUGGCCGCUCAUCCAUUCUCUCAUCAGUACUCUACACGAAGGAUUGAAUGUCCCCGUCACGGCAAAGUUCCGUGUAUUCGAGACUAUUGAGAAGACAGUCGAGUAUGCGAAGAUGCUCGAGAGCGCCGGUGCGCAGAUCUUGACGUGCCACGGGCGCCUACGCGAACAGCGCGGUCAGAAUACCGGCCUAGCGGACUGGGCAAAGAUUCGCGCCGUCAAGGAAGCCGUGAAGGUUCCCGUCUUUGCGAACGGCAAUAUCCUGUAUCACGCCGACCUCGCCGCUUGUCUCGAAGCGACGGGCGCUGAUGCCGUGAUGAGCGCCGAGGGACAGCUCUACAAUGCCGCUCUCUUCGCUCCCGCACGGCCGCUCGAGCCUCUUCCAUCAGUACCUUCGACUUCUACCAUUUCCGAUGCGGAGCUCUCAACCAGCGAAACGCCGAUUGAUCAUGCAUACCUUGAAGACCUCGCGACGCUAUCGACGGGGCUUCAGCCGCGCCACGCCACGCUCGCACUCGAGUAUCUCGCUGUAGUCCGCCUUCACGCAACACCUACCGCUUCGUCGGCCGUCAAGGGCCAUCUCUUCAAGCUUCUCCGGCCAGCACUCGCCCGUGAACCCGACCUCCGCGACCGACUCGGCCGCUGCCAAGGCGCACUAUUCACUGCAUCCCGAUCUCCACCCAGCGACAAACUCCCAGCACCGCACGAACCGCUGGAGAUCGACCAUCCAUGGCCUGAAGAGUCCGAGCCUGGCGCAUUCGCGGAUUUUGCGCGUGUAUGCAGGGAGAUGCGGGCUCGGAUGGAGCGCGAUGAACGGAAGGCGGCACGAGCGUGGACUGUAGCUGCUGCCCAGGAGGGCGGCAGGAUACCGGACGUCGAAGGGCUCACCCCGGCACAUCGAGCACUUGGAGCUUACACCGACCAGCGCACGGGCGUACGUGUAUUGCCACAUUGGCUUGCACAACCGUAUGUGCGUCCGCCGCGGCCGGAGAAGGGCAAGGCGGAGUUGGCGGCUGAGGCGGCUAGUCUCGCCAAGAAGGCUGCGCGCGCUGAAGCUGCGGGAAAGGCUGCAAAAGCGGAGGAGGCGCGUGUUGGUGAGAAACGCGCGAGCGCGGCUAUUGAGGUCGUCGUUGGGGAGGACGAGAGUAAGCGCGUAAGAUUAGAUGUGGACGCUGCUGCUAAGGAGGGCCUCGAGAAGAUGGGGUAUACUCAAGAACUCUCGCGGUCGCGAGGGUUGCUCGGUAUACUAUUCAUGACUCUAGCUAUAAUGGCCGUACCCUUCGGGCUCGGCGCACCUCUAGCGACAAGUCUCAUAGGCGGAGGACCCGCGACCAUGAUAUGGGGCCUAGUCUUCGUCGCAUUGCUAUCGUUGAUGCUAGCGUUCUCCCUCGCGGAGAUCUGCUCCCUAUACCCCACCUCCGCCGGCGCCUACUACUGGACGUACAAGCUCUCCCCUACGAGCAGUCGAGUCCUGCUUUCGUGGAUUACGGGUUGGAUGACCCUAGUAGGCAAUUGGAUGGCCGCGUUGAGCGUGACGUUUGGCACUGCGCAGCUCGUUGUCGCCGGUGCGGGAAUCUACCAUCCGGAAUGGAUAGCUACUCCCUGGCAAGAAUAUGUUAUAUUCCUGGGUAUUACUGGAGUCGCGGCUGUCUUCUGUCUUUUCUUCAACCGCCAUCUUCCGACGAUAGAUAUCGCUUGCGCAUGGUGGAUGGCAAUCGGCUUGAUAGUGAUGCUCGUAGCACUUUCAGCCGAAGGACGUGCGGGACGCCAUUCGGCCGGUUAUGCUCUUGGCCACUUCGACUCUUCGGCAUCCGGCUGGGGUCCUGGAUGGACCUUCUUUAUCGGUCUUGUAGGCCCGGCCUACACUUUCGGGGGAAUCGGCAUGAUCGCGGCCAUGGCGGAAGAGGUUCACGAUCCAGUUACACAGCUUCCUCGCGCGAUUGUGUACAGUGUGCCAAUAGGCGCCACUAUGGGGCUCAUCUUCCUUCUUCCGAUCACAUUUACACUACCUGACGCUGCUACACUGCUUGCGGUGUCUUCGGGACAGCCAAUCGGAGUGAUGUUUGAACUUAUCAUGGGCAGUAAAGGCGGAGGAUUCGGCAUGUGGUUCAUCAUAUUCGGUAUAGGCAUCUUCUGCAGCAUCUCCAUAUCCUGCGCCGCGUCAAGAGCAACAUGGGCUUUCGCGCGAGAUCACGCGCUGCCCUACGCACACGUCUUCGCCCGCGUCGCAGUACCUCCAAUGACGAAAGAGCCCAUACCCGUCAACGCUUUCCUGCUCUCUACGAUAGUGCAGGUCUUGAUUGGGCUCAUCAUCCUUGGGUCUUCGGCGGCGUUCAACGCGUUUGUGAGCGUCGGUGUCAUCUGCCUUGGUCUAUCCUACGUUACACCCAUCACGGUCUCGCUGGUACGACGACGGAGGAUGGUUGCUCUUGCGCCAUACAGUCUGGGUCGAUGGGGCUUCUUGGUCAAUACUCUCGCCGUGCUCUGGGUCAUCUUCGAGAUCGUGAUCUUGUGCAUGCCAACAGUAGUGCCUCCGACGCCAACGACGAUGAACUAUGCAUCCGUGGUACUCGUAGCAUUCACACUCUUCAGCGCCGUUUGGUAUGUCAUCAAUGGCCGAUUCCAUUACAGAGGGCCGCCUCAAGUCGACGAUAAUCAUUCGCCCUCACCAGAGAUGUUGUUUGAGAAGGACAAGUCGGACGCGCUUGCGAGUACUUCUGUAACUCCUGUUUGA